UCGAGCGGAUCAGCAUGUUGGUAAUACUUCUCAACUGCGUCACCCUGGGCAUGUACCAACCCUGUGUGGACUUCGAGUGUGUCACCAACCGCUGCAAAAUACUGCAGAUGUUCGAUGACUUCAUCUUCGCCUUCUUCGCUCUGGAGAUGUCCAUCAAGAUGAUAGCUAUGGGAGUUUAUGGGAAAGGCACGUAUCUCGCAGACUCAUGGAAUCGACUUGAUUUCUUCAUUGUAUUAGCCGGGAUGCUCGAGUAUUGUUUGAAUGUGGAGAACAUUAACCUGACAGCCAUCAGAACUAUUCGAGUACUAAGACCACUACGAGCCAUCAACAGAAUACCGAGCAUGCGGAUCCUAGUCAUGCUUCUUCUAGACACCCUGCCUAUGCUGGGUAACGUUCUUCUUCUUUGUUUCUUCGUUUUCUUCAUUUUCGGAAUCAUCGGAGUCCAACUUUGGGAAGGUAUUCUUCGACAACGGUGUUUUCUAAAACCGAUUCCCAACGUCACAUAUCCUAAGCCGCUGGCGGCGUACUACCAGUACCAAGAGCAAGACCGGGACUACAUAUGUUCCAAGCCGGAAGACAACGGGAUGCACAGAUGCAGCGAUUUGCCACCAUACAAACACGGGGAACUACUGUGUAAUGAUACGGCUCUUCCAUGGAGCAACAACAUCCCUACCAACAAGUCCUGUGUCAACUGGAACUAUUAUUACACCGAGUGUAAACCUCAAGGCGACAACCCUUUCCAGGGGACCAUCUCCUUUGACAACAUCGGGCUGGCGUGGGUCGCUAUAUUCUUGGUGAUCAGCUUGGAAGGUUGGAGUGACAUCAUGUAUUACGUCCAAGACGCCCACUCCUUCUGGGACUGGAUCUACUUUGUACUCCUUAUUGUUAUUGGGUCUUUCUUCAUGAUAAAUCUGUGCCUUGUCGUCAUCGCUACUCAGUUCUCCGAGACGAAGAAGAGAGAGAUGGAGAGAAUGCGGCAAGAGAGAGCGCGUUACCAAAGUACAAGCACUCUAGCUUCGUCCACCAACAACUCUGAACCUACUUCUUGCUACGCGGAGAUAGUAAAACUUGUCGCUCACAUGUGGAGGAGAGGGAAGAGAAGACUGAUAAAGAAAUAUCGUCUUUGGAAGUACAGAAGACAUCAAAAGAGGGAACAAAAACUCAGCAUAAGCAAUAACAACGAGGACAACCCAACGUCUGUGGGUAGUCCAUUGGCGAUGCACCCGUUCAAACCGCAAGAGGGGGAAAAGUUUAAGUGUACAGUACCAGCGACAGUGGUCAUUUCCCCCACUCCGCGACGGCAUCGCUCCCCACCACCGGAGGCUCCUCCUCCCACUGUGCCUACAAUAGAGGUGAUAGAAGACACGCCCCCGAGUCCCAAGAGGCCGUCCUUACUGCGGGUGCCUUCCUUUAAUAACGGCUCUCAUUGGGAACAGGAGAGUCACACGGGGGCUAGUCUUCUCAGUCCUCCAGGAACCACGAACCUCUCUCGACGCAGAAGUAGUGUGAUGUUCAACGACGUGGUCCUCCUGCAUGGAGAGAACACCCCGAAUGUUCAGCAGACAAGGAACGUGUGCUCCAGCGAGAAACAGACUCAGACGGGGGAAGGAGAUUGGCCUGAUAGUGAUUCACACACUGUCAUCAUCCCUUCGUCAGCACAACAUCAGACAUCAACUGCUGAAGCGAUGACUUGUCAGGAACUCUUGGCUCUCAGUGGAGCGCUCAGUGCAGCUCUCCCUACAGGACAGCUUGCUCUCGACUCUUUGUUCAACUCGCUCAGCAAAGGAGUUCUUCAGCCUCAGAUCCAGUUUGCUACUAGCAUUGGAGCUAUGGAUCGGUCGGCCGUUGACUGGACAAGUUACGACAAGCCAAGAUCCAGUUGCUGUGGUUGCGGUCACACCUGGUAUUGUGCUUUUCAAUGCGUCUACUCCGGGUGCGGUGCUGCCAGGAGAUGUGUCCAGUUGCUUGUAGAGCACAAGUACUUCCAGCAAGGGAUCCUACUCGCCAUCCUCAUCAACACGCUCAGCAUGGGGAUAGAGUAUCACAACCAGCCAGAGGAGCUAACAGUCAUAGUGGAGACCAGCAAUAUUAUUUUCUCUGCUGUUUUCGCUUGCGAGAUGCUUCUCAAGGUGAUUUCAGAAGGCCCUUUUGGCUACAUCAGCAAUGGUUUUAACGUCUUCGAUGGCAUCAUUGUCAUCCUGAGUGUGAUCGAGCUUGGUCAGACCUUCCUAGGGGAACGGGAAGGAAGUUCAGGCCUCAGUGUCCUAAGGACCUUCAGGCUUUUGAGGAUCCUGAAGCUUGUCAGGUUCAUGCCUAACCUCCGCCGUCAGCUGGUCGUCAUGCUUAGAACCAUGGAUAACGUCGCAGUGUUCUUCUCUCUCCUGAUACUCUUUAUCUUCAUCUUCAGUAUUUUAGGGAUGUAUCUGUUUGGCGGUAAGUUUUGCAUGCUCAGCGACGGAUCGAGAGAAUGCAGCUGUGAGGAAAUCGUCAACAAAGAUCCAAAAUGUGUCUGUGACAGAAAGCAUUUUAACAAUGUCCUUUGGGCCACCGUGACAGUGUUUCAGAUUCUCACCCAAGAGGAUUGGAAUGUUGUCCUCUUCAACGGUAUGGAAAAAACAAGUCACUGGGCAGCGUUGUAUUUUGUGGCGUUGAUGACGUUUGGGAACUACGUCUUAUUCAACCUCCUGGUCGCCAUCUUGGUGGAAGGAUUCUCAUCGGAGAGGAGAGAACGUGAACAACGGGAGCUUGCUAAGGCUCAAGCCGCCGCUGCAGCCAGGAAGUACUCCGAGUGCUACAGUGACGACAUAUACAGCUCCUGUUCUGCAUCGGAGAGCGACAGUUUCCAACAGGAAUACAAAAACGAGUGGGAUACGGAACAUACUAGAAAGUCAAAGGACAAUGGGCACAGGGAAAAGGAGAACUGCUGGAAACAGAAACGGAAACAGAACAAUGGGCAGUGUGAAGCAAAGUGCAAUAUACAAAAAGAGAGUCAGAUGCUGGGAGCUUCUAGUGGAGUUGCUAGUGCAAUGCCCAUCAUCACACAUACAGCAGCAACUCCUCAAGACUCUCCAAACACGACUAUAGGCCAUUCUCAGAGGGAGUUCAACAACAGGCUACAAUCAGCUAUUGCACUGUAUUCUAGCUCAUUGUCCAUAGACUCAAUUGACUGCUCUAUUUCGUCCCAGGGCAGUGGAUUGUUGAAACCUCCAAAUUUGACCAUCAAUAAUUUGAAUCCUCAGGGGCCGCAGGUUCGCAGAAGUUCGCCGGCCUCUAAUAUGCAGAAGAAGGAACAGCUUCCCUUAGCUCCAAGAUUUCAAAGGGGUUAUUCAUGGAAGAUUUCAAGGCCCUCUUUGAAGAGAAAGAUGAAAAGUUCUUCUGAACCAGAUGAAGAUCAAGAGGUGGUGUUGAACAACAACAACCACUUGCUGUCUGGAUCUCUUCAUUUGUCUGACCACUCCCACUGCAAUGGCGGCCUGCUGGGUAACACAAUCCGUAACAACACACAGUGUCGUAGGAACAGCUGCACUGCCAACAGACUCAGUCCUCAGAGUCAUAGCUCCAGAAGUCGACCUCCUCCAGGAUGUUGUCACACACCACAGGUUGCUUGGGUGGGAGGCAGUACAGCAGGUCCUCUCACCAGGCAGAGCUCUGUCAGCGGAGGAAGCUCUGGCAGUAAUCAGCUGCUUCCACCACAGGUGCCUGCCAUACAGAUCAUCAAGACUGGCUCCGCCCACAAUUCACACAUGAGCGUCGCCUCAGGCAGAGAUCUGAGCGUACAGAACCUCUCCGAAUGUUACGCUAAGCCACUCAACAAGCUGUCAGAUCGUCCAGCCUCCCCAGCGCCUCUCCCACGGGUCAACAAGAUACGAGAACCGACGGUGGAGCGAUUACCCAUGCCACUACCAGAGGAAGCCACUCAAACUGAGGACGAUUUCUCACCCGGGCUGCGGAAAGUCUUCUUCUUCUUCGAGGAGAAGGGGUGCCUUAAGGAUAGAGUGGACUAUUCGCUCUAUAUAUUUCCACCAGAACACCCUUUCCGUCAAGCGUGUUCCCAGUUUGUGGGCCAAAAGUGGUUUGACAACGCUGUGCUUCUGUUUAUCGCUCUCAACUGUAUCACACUGGCGAUGGAGCGACCCAACAUACCUCCCGACAGUCCAGAACGGCUGUUCCUCUCUACGGCCAACUAUGUGUUUACUGUCGUCUUCGCUGUCGAGAUGUUUGUUAAGGUUGUGUCCACUGGCAUGUUCUAUGGAGAAGAGGCCUACUUUAUGUCUGGAUGGAACAUCAUGGACGGUUCACUGGUGAUCAUCUCUAUCAUUGACCUGAUGCUAUCCCUUCUCACAGCCAGCAGCCCUCGCAUCUUUGGAAUACUCAGGGUGUUUCGACUGCUCCGUUCCCUCAGACCUCUGCGUGUGAUCAACAGAGCCCCAGGAUUGAAGCUGGUGGUACAGACUCUUCUCUCGUCACUACGACCCAUCGGCAACAUCGUACUUAUCUGCUGCACAUUCUUCAUCAUUUUCGGCAUUCUAGGAGUUCAGCUGUUCAAAGGCAUGUUCUACUACUGCGAUGGUCCAAACAUCAAGAACGUGAGGAACAAGACGGACUGUCUAGCGGACAAGAGGAAUGUGUGGGUGAACCGCAAGUACAACUUUGACGACCUGGGGAAGGCGCUGAUGUCGCUGUUUGUACUGUCCAGUAGAGAUGGUUGGGUCAACAUCAUGUAUACUGGGCUGGACGCUGUGGGCGUGGACCAACAGCCGAUAGAAAACUACUCAGAAUGGAGACUGCUGUACUUCAUCGCCUUCAUCCUCUUGGUUGGGUUCUUUGUGCUUAACAUGUUUGUGGGAGUGGUCGUGGAGAACUUCCACAGAUGCAGGGAGGAACAGGAGAAAGAAGAGAGGGUGAGGAGGAUGGCGAAACGAGCAAAACAGAUGGAGAAGAAAAGAAGAAAAAUGCAUGAGCCGCCGUACUAUACAACGUACUCGCGCUCUCGCUUGUUUGUACACAACGUGGUGACCUCCAAGUACUUCGACCUAGCCAUAGCAGCUGUUAUUGGACUCAACGUCAUCACUAUGGCAAUGGAGUUCUACAUGAUGCCCAAGGCACUGUCGUAUGCACUCAAGAUUUUCAACUAUUUCUUCACUGCUGUAUUCAUCUUGGAAUCUAUUAUGAAGCUAGUGGCGCUAGGGUUAAAAUUGUACCUGAAAGACAAAUGGAAUCAACUUGACAUAGGAAUUGUAAUCUUGUCUAUUGUUGGUAUUGCCUUGGAAGAGGUGGAGUCAAAGAUUAUUCCUAUCAAUCCUACGAUAAUACGAGUCAUGAGGGUGCUUAGGAUAGCCAGGGUACUGAAGCUGCUCAAGAUGGCCAAAGGUAUCAGAGCUCUUCUAGACACAGUGAUGCAGGCUCUGCCCCAAGUUGGUAACCUUGGACUGCUCUUCUUCUUACUCUUCUUCAUCUUCGCUGCACUGGGAGUUGAACUUUUUGGAAGACUGGAGUGCAGUGAAGAACAGCCUUGCCAAGGUCUUGGAGAACACGCACACUUCAGUAAUUUUGGAAUGGCCUUCCUGACACUGUUCCGAGUAGCAACUGGGGACAACUGGAACGGCAUCAUGAAGGAUACAUUGCGUGACGACUGUGAUGACCAAGCGGACUGUGUCCGUAACUGCUGUGUACACGCAGGGAUCGCUCCCAUCUUCUUUGUCAUCUUCGUACUCAUGGCACAGUUUGUACUGGUCAACGUUGUGGUCGCUGUUCUCAUGAAGCAUUUGGAAGAAUCUCACAAACAGAUGGAGGAUGAGUUGGACAUGGAGGUAGAACUUGAGCGAGAGCUGGCGCAAGAACAGAUGGAGGAGGAAGAAGAAGAACUUUGCAUGCAGUUAGCCCUCGAACAGGACGCGAUCCACCGACCUCUCGCCAAAGUGCUGAGCCUUCCUGCGAACUUCACCUUCAGUUCCAGCUACUGCGAGGAGAGCCCAUCUAGAGGUACAAAGCGUAGGAGCUCUUGGACAAAAAAUAAAGAAGAAUUAUUCCUGAAAAACAACAGAAGAAGACAAACCCUAACAGGCCCUGCACUGAUCCCGCCUGCCUACCCAGCCAUGGGAUAUACCACCGUGUACACUACAUCUCAGGACAAGGACAACAUAGACUCUGGGAACAGGUUAUUCUCGGAUGACCUGAGAAAACCAACGGUACGCCGAGUAUCAAGUGACUCCAGCACGAGGCGUCGCUCUGUAGUGGAGCUCACAACUCCUUCUCCGUCGCCCUCCCUGCUGUCCGUCCCCAGAUUGCUCACCGCACCCGGUGGAAGCUGCAGACGACUAAUGAGCUUGACUGAGCUAGAGGCAUCACCACAGGAGGCAGAACCACCAUCAGAAGACAUAUCUCCCGAGUGUGUCGCCCCCGCAGUGCUGUUGGUGCCUCCCCCUUACCCCCACCCGGAACCAUCCCCCUCUCCUUCACCAGACUCUUCCGAACCACCUGAGACCAAAGACGAUGUCAGUUACAACUCAAAGAGCGAGAUGGACAUUCAAAUCAUGGUGGUGGGGGAAACUCGUUUGCCGCAAGUUGGGCGACAAGACACCCCAGAUGGAAAGUCAGUCGAGUCACGGUCAGUUUUGCCUGGCCAACGAGUCAGGAUAAGACUGUGCGACACCCGGCUCGACUCGGGUAUCGGGGACGAUAAACACAGUCAGGAAUCGCAACCGUCGUCCAGUGGACCUUACGAUCCGGUUGACGAACUUUCUUAG